AUGAGACUUCGUCGAAACGUCGCCAAGACACUUCCAAUUUGACGUGGGAGAAAACCCGAAUAACCAAAGACCUACAUACAAACACCCGCGAAAACCUCAGAAAACACACACACACAUUAGAGGUUUUACAAGAAAUUAUUGCAGUGAUUUGAAUCAAAUUGAGCGUGGCCCCUUUAAGAGGCACAGACUUCAACUCCCAGGAUUCCCCUCCCAGGAAUUCUGGGAGUUGAAGUCCACUCUUCUUAAAAGCGGCCAUGUUGGAGAAACAGUCCUUUGGGAUAAAGACAGAGCAAUUUCCAAAGGCCACACGGACAUACAGAUUAAAAGCAUUUUGCAAAAGGCAACUUUGACGGCGAUGGCAGAAAAACAGAAUUUUCUCCCGCAAAGAGAAUUGUAGCAUUUUGCAUCCGGUCGCCCGCAAUCUAAACGCAAGACACCCAAUUUAGUUUUCCCCCCAAACUUAAAAACAUCAAAGGGGAGAGAUAAACUAAUUAAAUAGGGAAAAUCAAAACGCAAAUCGGGGAAAGAAAAGAGGGAAAUUACGAGAGAGACGGUUGAGGAAUAUUCGCAAGGAUGGAAGUUGGGUUGGUUGCCUCCCACAAUCACCUCAACACUGUAUCCCCGGGGACAUCUGUGACCAGGAUUCCUAGUUAGCCACGAUGGGGCCGUGUUGGUGGGGGUGGAAUGCUAGGAUUCCCGGAUGUUGGGUAAAAGGGACAACCCGCCGCUGAUUUUAAGAAGUAUAGUGGGGAGAAGAGCCCAUAAUCGGAGGUCUUAGCAGGUUGAGGAGACCACGAAAAGUUUGGGAGGCAGAGAUUUAAGAUGGCCAACUGAUCUUCUGCUCCAGGGAGGAGAAGGCCAAGGAAAAGACCUUGCUUGGUCCGAGGAAGAACUGCUUCAAGGAAAUCUUCUUCAAGGAGCAGUCCAGAAGCUCAAGAGAAGGUCUCACCAAGAUCAUGCAUGAUGCCUGCACGAGUCUUCUCGGGGAUCAAGUCAACUUACAAUUCCUAGCAGGUUGACUUCGGGCCCAACCAUAGUUGAAAAGCUACAUUAUCUUCCUAACUGAUCAUCUGGUCAACGGUCCACCUCGGAAGCCAACAUUCCUUCAACUAAUCUGAUAUCCUUCAAAACCUUUGAGUUGGGGACCUCCAGAAUCUUCCAUCCUUGCCCGGAACCAACCAACAGGGAAAGGACUACCUUUUGAUCCAGAAGGGAAAUCCAGAAUCUAAUUGCUGAGAUCUUGACCCUACAAUUCUCCAGCAAGCUAGUCAUCCAGAACCUCCAAAGACUAUCUCUGGGGCUUCCUGGUUUGCAGGGGUGGUGUCUGGGGGUCCUCAGGAUCCCCAAAGCUCCAUCAGCUCGUCUACAACUUGAUCCCCGCCCUUCCUACUAGGCAUGGACUCCAACGGUGCAGAGUCCACCACCAUCAUAUUCAUUCUAUUAAGAGUGUUCCUCAACCUUAGGGGGAGGAUUUCAACCCACCAAGAAUUCUGGGAGUUGAAAAGUCCACCCAUCUUCCAGCAGCCGAGGGCUGAGGAACACUGCUCUGCUCUGUGACUUGGUGUGAAGAACCUCAAGAGAUGCGCUAGCUGCUGGUUGUCAAGGAGAAGCCUCCUUAUCUUAUGACAAGGUAGACCAAACUGUAGGAUCAAAACUCAGACGACGGCCAGCUUUCUAAGCCAAAGGCGAAGAAAAGCAGUAAUUAUUCGCAUCAAGACUCGAGGCCAAUGGUGCCAGCUUGGGGACCUCCUGAGAUAGCUUCCCCAUUAGCAGGUCCAGAGUCUUGAGCUGAGAAGAAGACCGUUUCCAGGAGACACUCAAUGUUCAACCUCGAGGAGCUUCUGAAGGCAGCUGAAAACUCUGCAAGGUCUACGUCCAUCUGAGCAUCCUACCCCAUGAAAUGGGAGAAGACCAUGAUGAUCCUUCAAGUAGGACCAUGAGGUCCUACUUCAAAAGCGUCUGGGCCUGAUUGUUCACCAUGUCCUAUCUCAGAAGCUUCUGGGUUUUGUUCCACCAAUGUCCUAACUCAGGGGUCUUCAAAUGCUUCUGGAUCUGUUUUACACAAAUGUUCUACCUGAAAAGCUUCUGGAUCUGUUUUACACAAACUUUCUACCUCAAAAGCUUCUGGAUCUCUCCACAAAUGUCCUACCUCAAAAGCUUCUGGAUCUGUUUUUCACCAUGUCUUACCUCAAAAGCUUCUGGAUCUCUUUUCCACCAAUUUCUACCUCAAAAGCUUCUGGAUCUGUUUUCCACAAACUUUCUACCUCAAAAGCUUCUGGAUCUGCUUUCCACAAACUUUCUACCUCAAAAGCUUCUGGAUCUUCUUUCCACAAACGUUCUACCUCAAAAGCUUCUGGAUCUGUUUUCCACCAAUAUUCUACCUCAAAAACUUCUGGAUCUGUUUCCCACAAACUUUCUACCUCAAAAGCUUCUGGAUCUGUUUUCCACCAACAUUCUACCUCAAAAGCUUCUGGAUCUCUUUUCCACCAAUUUCUACCUCAAAAGCUUCUGGAUCUGUUUUCCACAAACUUUCUACCUCAAAAGCUUCUGGAUCUGCUUUCCACAAACUUUCUACCUCAAAAGCUUCUGGAUCUGCUUUCCACAAACGUUCUACCUCAAAAGCUUCUGGAUCUGUUUUCCACCAAUGUUCUACCUCAAAAGCUUCUGGAUCUGUUUUCCACAAACUUUCUACCUCAAAAGCUUCUGGGCCUGGUUGUCCUACCUCAGAAGCUUCUGGAUCACUUUUCCACAAACUUUCUACCUCAAACGCUUCUGGAUCUGUUUUCCACCAAUGUUCUACCUCAAAACCUUCUGGGUCUCUUUUCCACAAACUUUCUACCUCAAAAGCUUCUGGAUCUGUUUCCCACAAACUUUCUACCUCAAAAUCUUCUGGGUCUUUUUCCACCAAUGUCCUACCUCAAAAGCUUCUGGAUCUGUUUUCCACAAACUUUCUACCUCAAAAGCUUCUGGAUCUGCUUUCCACCAAUGUCUUACCUCAAAGGUUUCUGGAUCUGUUUUCCACAAACUUUCUACCUCAAAAGCUUCUGGAUCUGCUUUCCACCAACGUUCUACCUCAAAAGAUUCUGGAUCUGUUUACCAUCAACGUUCUACCUCAAAAGCUUCUGGACCUGGUUGUCCUAUCUCAGAAGCUUCUGGGUCCCCCAUGACCGAGAAGCUACGAGAAAGCAGUUCUCCAACGGAAUCAAGAUGGAAGGAUAAUUUUGGCAGCUCAAUCAAGCACAAACGUCUCCCUCAGUGCUAGUUUGUUGGGUCUAAACGUAAAUUGAAUUUGCCUCAGAAUUUGGUCCGAAUUUAAACUGCAUUUUCACUCAGGAUGGAAUGGAUGCCUUAGGGGCAAAAAGCUCAUUUUAACAGCAGCUUCAGCAGUUUUCUGCAGGAGAAAUGCGAAGCAGCUUAAUGGAAGAUGCCUCUCUGCGGAACCGUGGUCUCCUGGCCUACAUAAUUCAUCCCAACGUGGGAGGGGAGGGCUUUGUUUGCGGGAUUGACUCACAACACACCCCGUCCACCAGCUUUGUUGGCCGACAAAUUCCCCAUCUUCAGCCGUUUGGGACUUGGGCGAGCGCCCUACCAGCUGAGGACAGGGGACUCAACCGCCAGCGGGGACUCACCAACGUCCCUUUUUUGAGCCAGUGGUGGAAAUGAGCAAGAGCUGGGUUAUACAAAAUAUAUGAUUUUUACAUAGAUUAGAUGAUAGAUAGAUAGAUAGAUAGAUAGAUAGAUAGAUAGAUAGAUAGAUAGAUACAGACUGACUGACUGAAUAGAUACCAGUAGUAAUAGAUAGAUAACUAAGAUAUAGAUAGAUAGA